AUGGACGACUAUACUCGUUGCAUGAUUGAAGGAGAUGAUUCUAUGUGGUGUGCCACUUACUCGAUCAUCAAACCAAAUCGAUCGAAUGAGGUCUGGAAUAUCAUUGAAAAAUAUUCUAAUGACACAAAACGUCACUAUAGACACGAUUUAUUGCAAACUGGUGUUUGUAUCAAAUGGUGUUUGGAUAAACUUAAGAAUUAUGAUAAUGAGACAUUGAAGUCGCUGUACGUUGAACCCUUUGACUUUGGAGAUCAGUACCAUUCGGACUUCACUUUGUACUAUAACUCCACUCAGUAUAAGGAAAAGUACGAUUAUUACGUCUCGAUUUGUAAAAAUCUGGAACUAAUGGAAGAAUUUGGACUUCAAGCUCAUGCUGGAAUCACUUAUUGCUAUACCGAUUUGGAAGAUAAAAGUCCAGAUAUGUUGGAUUGGGCUUUUGUUGUUGUAGUUGUCAUCAUUUUAUUGCUUCUCCUUUGUGCAAGUCUCUUGGAUGUCUAUUUGAACAAGAACCAAGAGAGACAACAUUACGAAAAACCUGUCAAUCGUUACAAACUUUCUGUUCGUCUUCUCUUAGCUUUUUCAGUACCUCGCAAUUGGUAUCGCUUAAAUGCUCGUCCAACGUCUCAAGAAGCACGUGACUUGCGUUACAUUCAAGGGCUUCGUAGCACGACAAUUUUCAUGGUGAUUUUAGGUCAUGUUGCCAUCACAUACGCUUUUUGUCCAAUUGCCAAUACUGAGUUUUUCGAACAGCAAUAUUACAACAUUUGGGACACGCUGGUUAUUAGUGGCAUGAAUAUUGUCCAAACUUUCUUCGCUAUUUCAGGUUUCUUGAUGGGAGUGCAGUUCUUUGACUUGACAGAGAAACGAAAGUUCAAUUUUAAUUAUUUCUGGGUUGCUAUCAUCUAUCGGUACAUUCGUUUAACGCCAAUUUAUGCGCUUUUAAUCUUCUUUGAGGCUACUUGGCAGUACAAAUUGGAUGAUGGUCCAGUGUGGAAGACAACGACUGGCGGAGAGACAAGUUACUGUCGUCGUAAUUGGUGGGCUAAUUUGUUGUACAUCAAUAACUACGUGAAUGCGAAUCAAGCUUGUCUUGUGCAAUCGUGGUACUUGUCAGUUGAUUUCCAGCUUUUCAUCGUUGGAUUAUUGGUUGUUAUGGCAAUGUGGAAAUAUCCGCAAUAUCGAAACAAAAUUUUGUAUGCUUGUCUCUUCAUUUCGUACACAAUUCCAGCUGUUGUGACUUACGUGUUGGAACUUGAUGGAGUCUUCACUUUGACGCCUCAUGAACGAAAAUUCAUCUACAACUCCGAGUCCAAGGGCUUCCUUUAUUAUUACAUCCCGGCUCACACGAACGCUGGCAAUUAUUUCGCUGGACUUGGCAUGGCUCUUCUCUACAAUUAUUUCAAGAAAAAUCGCAUUGACAUUAGCAAGUACAAGUCUUUCGUUUUUGGAUUCUACGCCGUUUUCCCAGUUGGACUCCUAGCAUGGUUAUCGGCUUUCUUAUUCUAUACUUACGAUUUUGAAAAACCCGCGUUGUGGAUUGCUCUCUUCGCUGUCUUCUCAAAAAAUAUUUGGGGUAUCUUAGGAGCCUUCUUGAUGUUUGGCUUCAUUGGAGGCAUCGGAGGAAUCAUCAGACGAAUGUUCUACAUGCCAAUUUUCGGAUCCAUUGGACGUUUAACGUACUGCGUCUACUUGAUCCAUAUGUGCGUCUUACGUUUCAUGAAUGGAGCUAUUUUGCAAUUACCUAGUGUUAGCUGGGAACCUAUUAUGCAAUCAACUUUCGCCACAUUUUUUGCCUCGUUGCUACUUGGAACAGCCCUUUGCGUUACUCUGGAGUUCCCAUUCACGGCCUUACUAAAGGAAGCCUUUGGAAAAGUCGAGAACGAGCAUACUAAAGCUAAGACAAAGGAAGAAGAAGUAGAUUUAGACAAUAACAACGUCGAGGAUAGCAAACUUUGA